GUGGUCAGGGGCACCGGGGGGCCCGCCGGCAGAGUCCCUCGGCCGCCGGACCGACGCGGGCUGCUCGUGCGGCCUCGGGUCUGGACGCUUGGAGCGGGCGGCGCGGCGAGCGGAGCCAUGGCCUCGGGUGGGUAUAACCCAUGUAUAGAGAUAAUUGAACAGCCCAGGCAGAGGGGCAUGCGUUUUAGAUACAAGUGUGAAGGGCGAUCAGCAGGGAGCAUUCCAGGGGAGCACAGCACAGACAACAACCGAACAUACCCAUCUAUCCAGAUUAUGAACUAUUACGGAAAGGGAAAAGUGAGAAUUACAUUAGUAACAAAGAACGACCCAUAUAAACCUCAUCCUCAUGAUUUAGUAGGAAAAGACUGCAGAGAUGGCUACUAUGAAGCAGAAUUUGGACAAGAACGCAGACCCUUGUUUUUUCAAAAUUUGGGUAUUCGUUGUGUAAAGAAAAAAGAAGUAAAAGAAGCUAUUAUUUCAAGAAUAAGAGCAGGAAUCAAUCCUUUCAAUGUCCCUGAACAACAGCUGCUGGAUAUCGAAGAUUGCGACCUCAACGUGGUGAGAUUAUGUUUUCAAGUUUUCCUCCCUGAUGAACAUGGUAAUUUGACAACGGCUCUACCUCCUGUUGUCUCUAACCCGAUUUAUGACAACCGUGCUCCUAAUACUGCAGAAUUAAGGAUUUGUCGUGUAAACAAGAACUGUGGAAGUGUCAGAGGUGGUGAUGAAAUAUUUCUACUAUGUGAUAAAGUUCAGAAAGAUGACAUAGAAGUUCGGUUCGUGUUGAAUGAUUGGGAAGCAAAAGGUAUAUUUUCGCAAGCUGAUGUACACCGUCAAGUAGCCAUUGUUUUUAAGACUCCACCAUAUUGCAGAGCUAUAACAGAACCAGUGACAGUAAAAAUGCAGUUGCGGAGACCUUCUGACCAGGAAGUUAGUGAAUCAAUGGAUUUUAGAUACCUGCCAGAUGAAAAAGAUACUUACGGCAAUAAAGCAAAGAAACAAAAAACAACUCUACUUUUCCAGAAACUGUGGCAAGAUUGUGCAGUUAAUUUUCCUGAAAGACCUAGACCUGGUACCCUAGUAUCAACUGGAGAAGGAAGAUUCAUCAAAAAAGAAUCAAACUUUUCUCAUGGUGCAGUUUUGACAGAAAUGCCCAGGACUUCAGGCAUUUCAAGUCAAGCAGAUUCCUACUAUUCCUCGUCUGUGUCCAUGUCAAAUGCACUGUCACAUCAUUCUUCACCCAUACCUUCAAUGGUGUCUCAGGCUUCUUCAAGCUGGUCAUCAGGGGCCCACCCCACCUCGCGCGCAGUCAAUACGAAUCCACUGAGUGGUUUUUCAACAGGGACACUCUCCUCUAAUCCACAAGGUAUCUCACCAUAUCUGGAAAUACCUCUUGAGAGUGAUUUGAAUGCCUCUAAUGCUUGUAUUUAUAACAAUGCGAAUGACAUAGGCAGAAUGGAAGCGCCAUCCAUGUCAUCAGCUGAUUUAUAUGGUAUUUCUGAUGGCAACAUGCUGCCGAAUUGCCCUAUGACUAUGAUAACACCUAGUAAUGACAGCAUGAGGGAGACUGAUAAUCCGAGACUUGUGAGCAUGAAUCUCGAAAACCCCUCAUGUAAUUCAGUGUUAGACCCAAGAGACUUGAGACAGCUCCAUCAGAUGUCCUCUCCCAGUAUGCCAGCAGGUGCCAGUUCCAGUACUACCACUUUUGUUCCUCAGCCAGAGGCAUUUGAGGGAUCUGACUUCAACUGUACAGAUAACAGUAUGAUAAAUGAGUCAGGACCAUCAAACGGUACUAAUCCCAACAGUCACAGUUUUGUUCAUAGUCAGUAUUCUGGUAUUGGCACUAUGCAGAAUGAGCAAUUGAGCGACUCAUUUGCAUUUGAAUUUUUUCAAGGUAACUUGUAAAACUUAAAUGGUAGUUUGGGUGUAUUGAAUACCAAGCUGGAAAGUAUCAUGAAAGGAAAAUCCUGAAAUAGAAAUUUAAAAGGACUUUACUGUUUCUUCUUUUUGAAACAUGUGACCCGAUACUGUGUGUGGUGGGACUUCUGCUUUACAGUCCUACCCCAUCUUCUCAGUACAGAAUGAAGAGAAUAUCAAGACACCUCAGUUCUUCCAAAUACACAUUUUUUAUACUUCUUUUGUAUUGUAUUAAUGUAUUCUUAGUUAAAUGAAUUAACUGAUAUUUGCUUUUAAGCAAAUUUAAGGUAAAACCUAUAAUGGCUAUGCCAUUAGAAAAAUGAUUUUCUUAUUAUUUUUGAGACCCAUAGGCCAAGGUGACCCCUAAGGGGUUUUCUGAGGUUUCUUGGAGUUUCUUAAAUUUGCAUGUAAGUCAACAAUCUUUAAAAUUAAAAAUCUAACUCGGGUUGAGGCCUGGGUGCCUAGUGGGUUAAGUGACUGCCUUGGGCUCAGGUCAUGAUCCUGGGACCCUGGGAUGGAGUUCCAAGUAGGGCUAUCUGCUCUGCAGAGAGCCUGCUUCUCCCUCCCUCUCUCCCAAAUGUGCACUGUUUCUCAAAUAAGUAAAAUCUUUUAAACAAAAAAUCUAACUUUGAACAGAAGAGAGUUGAAGUGAGCUCAACUCACUCAACUCAAGGUAGGGAAAGUUCUCUACAUUUGAGAACAAUUAAAUCCUUACCUUUAAAAUUGCUUGUGAUUUUUAGCUUUACACGCAUGUCUUUAAGGUGAAGAGGUUUCCUUAGACCUCUCAUCUUUCUUGUGUUCCCUCACUCACUGUGAUCACAUCUAAUUUCAUGCUCUCUGUUCCUAAAUUUUAUCCUUACCUUAGACCUAUCCUCUGACCUCCAGGCUUGGAGCUUACCCAUGUAUGUAAAAUUGCUUAUUUGACAUCUCUACUUAGGAACCUAAUUAGUGAGCUCUGACUCAACACAUCCAAAACUGAGUUCAUCAUCUUCCCUCCCAAUUUGCUUCCCCUUCAGGUUGCCCCAACUUAGUAAAUAGCAGUGCUAUGCUUAUAUAGUUGCUCAGGUUCAAAACCAUGGAGUCAUCCUUGAUCUUUUCUUUUCUCUCCCAAAUCCAAUCUAUCAGCAAAUCUGGUAGGCCAUGCCUUCAAAAUAUAUCCAAAGCUCCCCACCUCUUUUGACCUCUACUACUAACUUCCUGUUCUAAGCCAGUGUCCUAUCACCUCUUGCCUGGAUUGAAGCUCUAGCCUCCAGAGAUGCUGUCACUUCUUGUGCCCUACCGUCUCUUCUCCCCAAAGUAGCCAGAAUGAUUAUUUGUAAAACAAGUCAAAUUGUAUCAUUAGCCUGCUCAACAAAAUCCUGAAAAUUGGCAGGCUCUUACUCCUCCUAUUUCAUCUCUUACCAUUUUCUUCUCCUCAUUCAGCUCCAGGCACUCUGCCCUCAUAGUCUCUCUUCAGAAACACCAAGUACACUCAUGCCUCACACUGUCUUUGUACUUGUCCUCUCUGCCUUGAUUAUUCUUCUCUCAGAUAGAUACGUGCAGAGCUCACUUCCUAGGAUCUUUCAGAUUCACUCAACUUUUACCGAUCAAGGCCUUCCUUGAGCCUAUACACAGCACUCCAUGUCCCCUUCUAUAUAUUGGUCCAUAGCACUUACCAGGAUCUGACUUUUACUUAGCAUUUAUUUGUUUUGGGUUUUUUUCCCCCUAUACUGUAAUAUAAGCUCCACAGGGAUAAAAAAGUUUUUGUGUUUUGUUUGUUGAAUCUCCAGUUUGUAGAAUGGGGUCUGCCUCAUAUUAAGCACUCAGUAAAUAUUUAUUGAAUGUUCAAAGUACUACUAAUAGAACUUUGUUUUUAGAAAGAAGAAAGAAAGAAAGAAAGAAAGAAAGAAAGAAAGAAAGAAAGAAAGAAAGAACAGCUUUAAUUAUUAGAUGUCCAUUAUUUUUAUAAUUCUGUUUAACGUGACAUUGGGUGUAUGUCAGAAUCAUGCAUCUUCAGGUCAGGGGUUAAUAAUGGUAAUCCAAACUGUUAGAAAGACAAGUAAUCCCAGGGGCAAAAUGAUGGCAGUAAUCUUAGUUGUGAUGGAAUUGUCAUGAUGUUAAGUAACAAACUUAUUAAAGACUUAGUCUCUUUUACAACUAGAACCUACCAUGAAUGUUGAGCAUGUUCUGAGCUAGAAACAACAUGUCAUCUCACUUACACAGUGUCCAACCAAACAAACUAGUAAGUUUACUGGAACAAUUAAAAUGGGAGAUAUAUUAUAUGACUGUCAUGUAAAUAAAAGUUCUGAGUUGAAUGAAGGAGGAAGGGAAGGAAAUGGGAAGGAGAAUAAGAUAAGACUUGGGGAUAGGAUAGUUUAGGAAGCAGGAGAAAAAGAUUAAAGACACCUAAGUACCAUUAAUAUUUCUUAGAAAUUAUGACUUCAAAAUGAAACCUUUACUAUAUAAUUUUAAAAGCCAUAAGCAUAAGAAGAACUUACCAGGGAGGAAGUAAAACUUAGGAAGUCUCAUUUCUUUUCUGUUCAAAAUAUGAACCCAGGAUAGCUCCAGAUAGCAGUUGAUAGGUGGUGAGCUUUUUUAAAAAAUACAGAAUUCUAGUUUUGUAUUCAUUAUCACUGACCAGCUUAACACAGACUAUUAAACACUUGUCUUGCAAGGUUGUAGAUUUGUGCAAACCCCCCCCCCCCAUGUAAGCUGAGUGAAGGUACUACUACAUCUGUGUUGAGAGUAUUUCCAAUGGAUUUUUCUUUUUUUCAGGUGCUAUUUACUGAUCAUAGAAUUUAUUUUAUAAUAUAAAAAUAACCUGGCAAUGUUUCUCUUCUAUCUCUAAAUGUAUUUAUGUUUUCACACUUAGUUUCCAAGUAAAAAGUGCCCUUCUGCCCUUCUAAACUCUACUUGCAUCCUGGACCCUGUUCUCUUUCUGUCUUGUUUCUAUAUCUUCACAUCACUAUUUAGUGGUGGUUUUCUUUGCGUAACUGUGGUAUCUUCUCUAGCCUUAAAGGAAACAAAAAUCUUAACUACUACCUUCAUCCACCUUCCUUCACAUCUAGACUUGGGAAAUGCUUUCAGCUUCGAUUUCCUCAGGUCCCAGUCAUUCUUUGGCUUAUUAAUCUUUGACCUCCUACUGUUUUUUCUUUUUCUUUUUUCUUUCUUUUUUUUUUGAGAGUGAGAGAGGGAGCAUGCGUGUACUCAGGAGGAGAAGGGCAGAGAGAGGGGGAGAGAAUGUUAAGCAGGCUGCAUGCCCAGCGCAGAGCCCAACCCAGGGUUCAUCUCACGAAUCCAAAAUAAUGACCUGAGCCGAAAUCAAGAGUCAGACAGUUAACUGGCCGAGCCACCCAGGCACGCCCUCGUACUGCUUUCUUAUGAUAUUCUGAGAAAAGUGACCAGAGACGCUCUCCUUGUCAAAUCUGGUGUCCUUUUAUCAGUCCUCAUUCUGCGUGACCCAUCCAUAACCUUCUUUCCUAUUGGCUACUCCCUUCUUGGAUACUCCUCCGAGGUUUCUGUGGUAGGUAAGAUUCCUCUCUGAGGUUGACUUUUUUCCAGAAUCUCAACCCCAGCCCUCAUUUGGUGCUAUUUUUCCCCUGGGUGACCUCAUCAGUGCCCACAGUUUCAGCUUUCUCUCACGCUACCCAAAUGCCUUUAUAAACUGCCUCGCCCACCCCUUUUGCAUUUUCUACUUUCAGUAAUGGCAUUACCAUUUACCCUGCCACCCAAGAUAUUUAAUAGGAACCUCAAAAUCCUGUUUUAUUCCUUUUCUCCCUCAUAGUCAUACUUAGUUAUCAAGUCUUUUAAAUUCUGCCUCAUAAAAUGUCUUGCGUUUGUCCCUCCUUUAUUCCUAAUGCUUCCUUACUAUAUAGGCCUUCAUUCCUUUUCCAAACAGAAUCUUCUCUUCUGGUUAAAAAUACCACAUUCUCCUCGAACCACAUUAUGUAUUUAACAAGCUUGGUAAUCUUGGCAUCGCUGCUUUUCCUGCCAGUUUAAGUACCUUUCCUUUUAAAAAAAAUCAUAUCUUUGUCCACAUUUUUAUAAUCACUCCUAUGUCCGUGAGUAGCUACCAUUUAGCACCAGUGAUGCCAUGGACUGUGCUAAGUGAUGAAGUCCAAAAGAUGAAUAAGACAAACCUUAAAUGACUAUAAUUCAAUAAGAGGAGUUCUGCAUUGAGGACGCGUUCAAAGUGUACCUCAGCUAGGGAAGCAGAACUGCACUUCACAGAGGAGAAGCCCAGUCUUAAAGAAGACGUGUUAUAGUUGCGGAGGAACAGAGGCAGAGUGGAUACCAUGGUGAAGUCAUGAAGGCCUGGUAACCUGAGAGAUUUUUCAAAGAAUGCCAGCUAUGUAAUGUGUUUGUUGUUUUUUUUCAGUUGAGACCAUAUAUUUAAUAGCGGUGAACAUCUGUCAGGCCCAUAGCAUGUGCCAGGCUUUGGGUCAAGGCUUUAUAAAAGCAUCGUUUCUUCUAAACCUCACACAGCCCUUUUGAAUAGGUACAGUUUAUCCUCUCCUCAUGGAUGAGGAACCAAAGGCAAACAGAGGAACUCGCUGAGGUCCUCCAGCCAUGCAAGAGUCCAGUGUAACCUCAGUCAGCAUCCUGGACCCCCUACUUGUAGUGACUGUGCUGUCCUGCCCUCUCUUCUGCUUCACAUCCCCUUUGGCCUUUGCUCUGAAGUGUUUUAAUCCAUUCAUAUUGCAUAGAAUACAUCAGUGUGCAUUUUACUUUUUUGUUGGGUGUUCAAGUUUCUCCCAUUUGUUUCACUGUUAAAAUGCUGCUUUCAUGAACAUCUCUGUAUUUAGAGCAUUUCCUGCAUUCUGGAAUGUUCCUUUAAAGGAGAGUUCUACUAAAUUUUCCUCCGUUUUCAAACCAGUCUUAACUCUUCUAUCAUUUCAAGCCACAAAGUUGUAAGUAGCUAAAUGUGGAUAUUUAGCUGCCUCCUGUAAUAUUAACUGUAUUAGGUAGAAAUUUUACAGUUAUUAGGAUUGUUUCACAUCUCUGACCUUGCUCCUUUUCUCUGCUGUAUGUGGCAGGUUUAAUCUUCUCCCAGUGUGCAUUUCCUCAUCACCUGAUCCUUGCACAGACACUCCCGUAUUAAUGUAAUCAGACACACAGCACAUUUUUGAAUGUCCGAUGUGCAAAGGACCAUAUUAGGCACUGAGAAUGACACAGAGGUGAAUGAAACAAAACCCUUGCUCUCACUGAUGUUGGUAUUUUUCUUUUAAGGGAUAAUAUAUACAGUAAAGUACAGAAAGUGAACCAGUUUUAAGUGUACAGCUUGAUGAAUUUUUACAUAUGCAAACAGUCAUUUCCAGUACCCCAGAAGUUUCCUUCAUGCCCUUACCAAUCUACCUACACGUCAAAAACCACUAUUCUGAUGUCUGUCAUUAGAACCUACUAUCAUAAUGAUCUUUUAAAUAGGUAACUGGAUUUCUCUAACAGCUAGAUUGUCAGUUUUUAACCUAAUGUUUCAGAAAAAAAAAUUAGACUGUCCAUGUUAAGAGAGACUUGGAAUUGUGAUCCGGCUGCCCAGUAGCACCAAAUAAUUUGUUAAAUCAUACAUUAAUAUGUAGGAGGAUUAAAGAAAUUGUCAUGUGAUGUUAAAUAGCAUGGAGAAAUGGAAAGAAGAUUUUUUUUUUUUUUUUGUCAAAACAUCUGGGUUUGCUCUGCCACAUACUCAUUACAUAGUAUCUAAGAAAUCAUGCCUUCUGUGGGCCUCUCUUCUGAUACAUAAUGCAGAUAAUACCCUGCUUACCUACCUCACAAGAUAUGUUGUAUUAAAUAAGGCAUAAGAAACUGUAAAUAGUAUAGUGCUAGUCAAAUAUUAAUAAACAUCUAUGUGUAUUCUGUGGCCCUGAUUAAUCUCUUAACCCAAACACUCCUAAUACAUGGCAGAGAGAAAUCACUGUGGAUUAGAUUCUUUAGUAAGAACCCUGGGAUAGGUUUCUCUUCAGAGUAGCUAUCUGUUUUGCCCAGAUCUGGAGGCCUAUCUUUUGGCCUUUACUCCUUUCAGAACCAGUUUCCAUUAUAUAGCAAAAAUAAGGUCAUUUAAUGACUUCUAGCUCUGAAGUUCCUAGGCCCCUUAAUUUCUUUGCCAAAGUUGAUUAUGAAUUGGGAGUUAUAGGACUGUCUUCCUAAAAGGGAACCUCAUCAUAGCUAAUGAAGUUGCCACUGAAAGAUUUCUGAUCUGUUUUGUUUUCAGGGAUUGACUAUGAAA